UGCGGCCAGACCCUUCGAGUCCCCUUCAUUGGAACCACGGGUGACACCCCCCUAGACCUACCUCCCCAGGACCCUCGUCCCUCUGCGUCCCACCCAGACAUCAGCUUCACUUCCCCUCGUCAGUUUGCUCACUUCAUCCGACAGGAGGACGUCACAUUCUACUCAGUGAACGUCAUGGAUCUUCUUCGCUAUGAUCCACUCUGUCCCGAGGUUGAGCUCAUCUCACUGGAGCCCGAUCCCCCUGACCCUUCCUCCAUCUUCGCGGCUCCCAUCUCCACAUCCACCCGUCAGCCUGCGGAUACCCCCUCCACGUCCCAGGCCCCUGCGCCGCCGACCGUCGAGUCCACAUAUACGUCUCGUGCCGACGCAGACGCCGAGGAACUCACAUGGUUCACAGCAGACUUAAAGCCCGCCGUUCGCAACCUGAUUCGAGAGUACCGCGACGUCUUUCCCCCGUACUUCUCAUACAGCGGGAUUCCCCCGAUGCGCGGUGAUGAGCAUUCUAUACAGCUCGUGCCUGACUAUCGUGUUCACCAUCAGGCACCGUACCGACUCUCGAUUCCAGAGGCGACGGAACUCAAGCGUCAGCUUGAGGAGCUCCUUCGACUGGGUUUCAUUAAACCUAGUAACUCCCCUUGGGGUGCACCUGUCCUCUUUGCUCGCAAAGCAGACGGAACUCUUCGCCUCUACAUCGACUACCGCGGCCUUAACCGUUACACGGUUAAGAACAGUUAUCCCAUGCCCCGCACGGAUGAGCUGUUUGACCGUCUGGCAGGCAACCGCUUCUUCACGAAGAUCGAUCUUCGUAGCGGUUACCACCAGAUCCGCGUUGCCACAGAGGAUCAGCUGAAGACCGCCUUUCGGUCGCGCUUCGGCCACUACGAGUUCACGGUGAUGCCAUUCGGCCUCACCAAUGCCCCCGCCACCUUCCAGACGGCAAUGAACGACAUCUUCAGGGACAUCCUUGAAGAAUACGUUCUCGUAUACCUGGAUGACAUCUUGGUGUACAGUCGUACCUUAGAAGACCAUCUCAAACACCUCCGCGAUGUCCUACAACACUUACGCAAGCAUGGCUUCUAUGCCAAGCUCAGUAAGUGCCGCUUUGCCCAGCGCAAAGUGGACUUCCUAGGACACCAUGUGUCUGACCAGGGUCUCCACAUGGACGACGCGAAGAUCACUGCUAUUGCAGAGUGGCCCGUCCCCACAUCUGCCAAGCAGCUUCGCAGUUUCCUAGGCCUCACCAGCUACUAUAGUAAAUUUAUCCAGGGAUACGCUAGAUCUGGUCAGCUAGAACCACGUAUCUGCGUUCCCUCCACCGGACAGCUCCGCGUCCAGGCUCUAGCAGAGUUCCAUGACCAGGCAGCUGCCAGUCAUAGGGGUUUCCACAAGACGUUGGCUCGUGUUUGCCGCCUAUACGUCUGGCCGAAGUCCAAGGACUUUGUCAAAGCCUACAUCCAGGAGUGUUCUACCUGCCAGGAGGUAAACAGUGCGAACCACCUUCCCUAUGGGUUACCUCAGCCCCUACCCAUACCUGAAGGUCGUUGGCAGUCCAUCUCGAUGGAUUUAAUUGGUCCCCUCCGCCCACCCACUCAGCGCGGUCAUGAUGCUAUCUUGGUCGUCGUCGAUCGCUUCACGAAGCGUGCACGUUUUGUUCCGUGCCGCUAUCGCAUUAGCGCUCGUGAGGUCGCCGACAUAGUCUUCGACCGAGUCGUGAGAGAUCACGGCUUACCUCAGAGCAUCAUCUCCGACCGUGACCCGCACUUUACCAGCACCUUCUGGCGACGCCUACACGAGGUGUACGGAUCCCACCUCCGCUUCUCAUCGUCUUACCACCCUCAGACGGAUGGUCAGACUGAGGUCACCAACAAAACUCUCGGUAAUAUCCUCCGAAAGUUUGUUAGGGAUGACCAGCAAUGGGACUUACACUUAGCCCACGCGGAGAUUGCAUACAACCACGCUGUUUCGCCAGCCACGAGGAUGUCGCCAUUCUAUUGCGACCUCGGCUACCACCCUUGCGUACCCGCGGAUUUCCUACGACCAUCGCGGUUGCGCCCAGACACUCGUUGCCCUUCGCUUGACGACUGGAUCGCCCACAUGGCGGCGAUUAUGAAGCGCGCACACGAGAGUUUAGCCGACUCCCAGACUCGCAUGGCCACACGAGCGAACCGAUCACGAAUGGAUCAUCCAUUCAAAGUUGGUGACAAUUGCCUUUUCGACGCAUGCCACUUACAGCUCGAAGCAGAUACGCUUCGCAAGUUCAGGCGUCGUUUCUUCGGUCCAUGCCACAUCCUUCAGGCCGUCGGUUCUGAUACUGCCGCUAGUCCGGUCAGCUUCCGUGUGAAGCUACCUAAUUACCUUCGACAGGCUCGCGUACACGAUGUUUACCACGUCUCCUUGCUGCGUCCUUAUCGCAGACCGUCCGAGCGCUUCGCCGGACGCCCUUAUGAGCGCCCUCCACCUAUCAUGGUGGACGGUCACGAGGAGUUCGUUGUUUCCGACAUCGUAUCACGCCGAGUUACCGACGAUACCCCUCCACGCAUCGAGUACCUUGUGCGUUGGAAGGGCUACCCUGAUGAGGAGGCUACUUGGGAGCCCCUCAAGCACUUGCAGCACGCCAGGAUGUUGGUGCGUACAUAUGAUCGUGCUCGUCGUGCUGAGAUAUCUGCUUCUACUCAGCCGACUGACCCUCUUCCUCCUCUUCCGGCUGAGGAGAUUGCUGAGGACGCGCCCGCUCCCUCUGAGGCCGUUCCUCAACCGCAGACGGUCGCCUCCGAGCGUCCACAGCGCACUCAUCGUCGCCCUUCGCGUUACGAUGACUGACACUCUUAUCCUCUAUCUUUCCCCAUUGACUCACACCAUAAGGUACUCCAUCAUCAUCUCUUCUUUCAGGAUGUCAGCGUUUUGCGGCCCUGCUUCGACAUCGA